GCAGACCCUGUACGGGACAAUAAGGGGUGGGACAAAGCUGUGUAUACUAUUUAAAAAUCUCUAAUCUUGCCCUUAGAUCAGGACCAUGGACAACAGCUAAGAAACUCUCUUACUUAAUGGGAGAGGACUUACAGAAAGCCUUCAUUUGUGGGGCUCUCAAAGCGGAAGCAGGCUGGUCUGAGUCCAAACCGACGACGAUGUUGUCGGUUUAUCAGCGCAGAUUUGGACCGAGAUGAGAUAGGCUUCAGCCCGCUUUCUGUUUGUCGUCCUGCCAGGACACAGCUGCCAGUUCCUCUCAUUUUUUAAAUGUCUCACUUCUUCCACAUGUAGAGAUUUCGCUUGUUACUAAAGGCUGUUUUAAUUUUUGGAGCAAAGAGGAAAAACUGCGGACGAACUUUUUUCCCAGAAACGGCGGUUGGUCGUCACCGAAUCAGGAAAGGAUGUGAACAUCUGCAGCUGAGACGACAAGUAAAACAGAUUAACUCCACUGUUGUCGAAAUGGAGCCUGUUGUAUUUUAAACGUUUCCUCUAAAGUUACUUCGUCUGCCUUAAACACUUGGGCAACGGAGGGACACUUUAAGCUAACUUUGAUAUGGGAGACGUGCGGCGUUUGCGUCUGUCGAGUUAAAAGGCGAGUUGGAAACAGAGAUGGGAAGCUCUGCUCUGCUCACAGUGGUGCUAGUUGGGGCGUUGCUGUGGAUCUCUGCUAUCCACGCAGAUUCCGAAGACGAUGGGAAGCUACUGUGUGCAUGCGAGAAUGCCAAAGGCACAUGCGUGAAUGGAACUUGCAGAGGAGACAUCUGCUUCUACACUUGGUGGUACAGCAAUGAGGAGAGGGGCUGUUUCUCCGCAGUUAACUACAUGGAGCAGUGCUUCACCUCCUUCGACCGCUUUUUCGUCCACUGCUGCAAAGACAAUCUGUGCAACACAGACACCACGCCACCUCCAAAUAUUAAUGGAGUGCCAACAACAACGCCCCCAGAGCUCAGUCGUCCGGAGCUUUGGAUCACGUUGUCUUUGCUGCUGUUAAUCACGACUGUCAGCGUGUGUGGCCUGGUGCUGUUCCUGCGCUUCCGACGUGCACAUGGCAGACUGAGAAACGUCAAGGACCACGAUGUCACCAUGCUCAAGGUCCCUAACGGAGAUGAACCCACAUACGGCGAUAUCUUUGAUGAGUUUUGCACAUCAGGAAGUGGGACAGGGCUGCCCUAUCUGGUCCAAAGGACUAUGGCCAGACAGAUUUCACUUGUCCAGUGUGUUGGUAAAGGCCGGUAUGGGGAGGUGUGGAGGGGAACUUGGAUGGGGGAGAGUGUGGCUGUCAAGAUCUUUUCCUCUAGGGACGAGCAGUCCUGGUUUAGAGAGACAGAGAUCUACAAUACUGUACAGCUGCGACACGACAACAUACUGGGUUUCAUAGCUUCUGACAUGACAUCUAAGAACUCCAGCACCCAGCUGUGGCUCGUCACCCACUUUCAUGAGCUGGGUUCGCUCUACGACUUCCUGCAGUACAGCAGCUUGGAGCCAGAGAGCUGCCUGAGGAUGUGCCUGUCUGUGGCUUGCGGCCUCGUUCACCUUCACACUGAGAUUGUCAGCUCCCAGGAAAAGCCAGCCAUCGCCCACCGAGACCUGAAAAGCCGCAACAUCCUGGUAAAGCGGAACGGACAGUGCUGCAUCGCUGACCUGGGUUUGGCUGUGAUACACUCUCAGUCCCAUGACUACCUCGAUGUGGGCAACAACCCUCGUGUGGGGACCAAGCGCUACAUGGCCCCUGAAGUGCUGGAUGAGACUAUUCGUAUGGACGUCUUUGAGUCCUACAAGCAAACGGACAUCUGGGCCCUGGGCCUUGUCUUCUGGGAAAUUACCCGCAGGACCAUUGUCAAUGGGAUCGUGGAAGAGUACCGCCCUCCCUUCUUUGACCUGGUGCCCUUAGAUCCCAGCUUUGAGGAGAUGAAGAAGGUGGUGUGUGUGGACCAGCAGAGGCCCAGUCUGCACAACAGGCUCCAUUCCCACCCUAUCCUAACGGCCAUUGUGAAGAUCAUGAAGGAGUGCUGGUACCAGAGCCCGUCGGCCCGCCUCACUGCCCUGCGGGUGAGAAAGACACUCUCCAAACUGGACCAGGACAGUGACUUCAGCAUUGAGAAACUCAAGCGGGACAUCUAGACCAGAGGCAUGAAGCUGGGACAAAAGAUUGAAAGCGCCAGAAGGGAUUAUGCGCCACAUUCCAACAGCACGAGGUGCAUAUCAUUAGCAUAUUUUUGAGCUAAUGACUCACACAGUCACGGCAUUAUAUUAAAACCAUAUGACUUUCAGCAGUAGUGUCUAGACUGGCUCCCAAGGCUAUUUUUUUUUCUUUUUUUUUUUUUGCUUAGCAUACCCUAAUUUUCAUCUGCCAUAUUCCUCAAACCAAAAGGCCCCCAAAAGACAACCAUUAAGACCACAAUGUUUUAUCAAGGUAUAUUUAGUUUAUUAUGUUGAGCCAAUAAAAAGCAUUUCCAAAGCUAAAUAACACCAAACAACUCAUGGACUGUUCUACACACACAGGGUUUUAUUCAUAAUUGUCUAAAUCCUCCAUCGUCAUAACAGAAAGGAAAUCUGGCAUUACUCAUCAUCUUAUCGAGAAGAGGAGGAGCAUGACAUUUUAGACUUUUCUCUGAAAUACAGUGUAUUUGCACAAAUGGUUUUUUCCCGAAAAUUACCAAAGAAAAGACGGAGGCCUUUGUGUUGUUGGGGGUUUUUUUUCCCUAAGAAUACAGGAAAUAUGUAAGUAAUAACAUGUUCAUACCAAAGCACAUUACCUGUUGUGUAAGCAUAUUUAACUUAUAUAAAAUGAGCAUUUAUUAUCUGCACACAGGCACAUUGAGCUAUCUAGUUGUACAUAUUCUAACAGCGCUGAAGCUGUUGUCUUGUAUCACCAUUGGGUUUACUGUAAAUAUAUUUUUAAAGGGAUCCAAUAUUUUCUAUUAUACAACAAUGACACAUUUUAUAAACUUUUUUACAACACAUUUUCAGAGAUUUUUUUACAUUUCUGUAGGCCAAUAAUUUACCAUCACCAUUAGUAUGGUCAAUAAAGGAAUUCACAAACAGACAUGUAAUAUUGUAUAUGUUGAAUAAAGGAUUGUAUUUUUCAACAGUUG